AUGUUCUUCAUUCUCCAAUAUGUAUUUCAGAAAAUUGUGCUUUUCAGGUUUUUGGUUUCAGAUUUUGUAGUACCAAUUGAACAAACUUUUCGGAAGAAGGCAGAGAGAUGGCAGUCUCUUGUCCGGAAGUCAACGGAAGGAAAAUUCGAAGAAGAGGCGCGAAAAAUGCGGAUUAAUAAAUGUGUGAAAGUUUCGAAGCGAAAAUACAGGUGGAGCUCACAGCUCCACUCAUUCUGA